CGGAGGAUAUCACGUGGUUGUAACCUCUCCUGUCCUUCAUCAUGUAGACAUGGCGGCCUCCGGCAGCAGCGGCAAGAAAGCGGGGGACUUGCUGAAAACCCUUCCGCGGGUGUCACUGGCCAAUUUGAGACCCAACCCUGGUGCCAGACAGAAAGAAAAAAAACGUGGACGCGGUAGACACGGUGGAAAUAGAAGUGGCAGGGGCCACAAAGGAGAGAAGCAAAGGGGUAACCGGCCACGCUUAGGAUUUGAAGGAGGUCAGACACCUUUUUACUUGGUUAUUCCCAAGUAUGGAUUCAACAAGGGGCACAGCUUUCGGCGCCAGUAUCAGCCGCUGAGUUUGAAGAGGUUGCAGUACCUCAUUGAUCUUGGAAGGGUCGAUCCUUCACAACCGAUUGACUUGACACAACUAGUCAAUGCACGAGGAGUUACCAUACAGCCACUAAAGAGAGACUAUGGGGUCCAGCUGGUAGAAGAGGGGUCUGACUUGUUUUGUGCUAAAAUAAACAUUGAAGUCCAGUGGGCCUCAGAGCUAGCAAUUGCAGCUAUAGAAAAGAAUGGAGGUGUAAUAACAACGGGAUUUUAUGAUCCACGCAGCCUUGAGGUUCUGUGUAAACCGAUACCGUUUUUUAUGCGUGGAAAGCCGAUUCUUAAACGGAUGCUCCCGCCAGAAGAUUUGGUAAAAUAUUAUACCGAUGCAGAAAACCGGGGAUAUUUGGCAGAUCCAGUUAAAGUGGCAGAGGCCAGGAAACAUCUCGCUAUGAAAUAUGGAUAUAUACUUCCUGACGUUACCAAAGAUGAACUCUAUGAAAUGUUAUGUACACGCAAGGACCCACGUCAGAUAUUCUUUGGCCUUGCUCCUGGCUGGGUGGUCAAUAUGAAAGAAAAGAAGAUUUUGAAACCCAUAGAUGAGCAAUUACUGGCUUAUUACAGCUCUUAAGUCCUAUGUAAUAUUGUGCCAAACUGACCUGGCAUUAAUACUGUGCAUAUAAUUGAGCUGAUUCCUAAUGGAUGAGCAGUGUGUAUAUAGGGAGGGGCACAGAUAAAAAGUUACAGCUCUUGUUAUUUCCUUUUUUAUAAUGUUAAUAAAAAUAUUUCAUUUGGAAAUAAAUGUUUUGGAGCCUCAUGA